AUGGCUAGGGGAGAGUUUCUGGAGCUGGAGAGCAGUGGCCAGCGCAGCGAGGUGCGUCUUCAUUACCGCACCAAAAGCCACCAGGACCACACCGAGGUGUUCCCCUACAGCCUGGCCGACGACCAGUGGCACAAAGUCUCCGUGGCCGUCAGCGCCUCCCACGUCAUUUUACACGUCGACUGCAACAGGAUCUAUGAACGGGUGGUGGAGGCGCCCUUUAUGGACAUUCCUGAGGAUACUUCCUUCUGGCUCGGACAGAGAAACUCUGCUCACGGCUUCUUCAAGGGAGUGAUGCAGGACGUAGAGAUCCUGGUGAUGCCGCAGGGAUACAUCUCACAGUGUCCAGAUCUGAACAGAACAUGUCCAACCUGCAACGACUUCCAUGGACUUGUGCAGAAAAUCAUGGAGCUGCAGGACAUCUUGGCGAAAACAUCCAGCAAGCUGUCCAGGGCUGAGGAGAAGAUGAACGGGCUGGACGGCUGCUAUUGUGAGAGAACCUGCAGCGUCAAGGGGGUCGUCUACAGGGAGGACGAGGGCUGGACAGAUGGCUGCAGGAACUGCACGUGCACGAACGGCACGGUGCAAUGCGAGGCCAUAUCCUGCCCUCCCCCUCAGUGCCCGGCAGGCACGGCUCCUGCCUACGUGAAGGGAGCCUGCUGCAAGGAGUGCCUGCCUGUCUGCCUGUUCGGUGGAAGAGAGUUGGUGGAGGGAGAUCAGAAGGCUGUGCGUGACUCUUCUGGCAGGUGCCUGCUGUUUGAAUGCCGGGAGCGAAGCAUGCAUCGGGUCGUCCCCACCGAUCCCUGUCCUGAACUCAGCUGCCCGGAGUCGGAGCAAAUCACGUUGAGCAGCAGAUGCUGUAAAGUCUGCAGAGGUCAUGACUUCUGCUCAGAGGGCCACGGCUGCACGGAGCACUCUGACUGUGUGAACCUGGAGGCAGGAGACUGCUGCGUCUGUAAGGACGGCUUCCGCCCACUGCGCGAUGAUAACGCCUACUGCGAAGAUAUUGAUGAGUGUGCUGAAGGGAAACAUUACUGCAGAGAGAACACCAUGUGCGUUAACACCCCUGGUUCCUUCAUGUGCAUCUGCCACACGGGCUACAUCAGGAUCGAUGACUACUCCUGCACAGAGCAUGACGAAUGUCUCAGCGGACUCCACAACUGCGACGAGAACGCCCUGUGCUUCAACAUGGUCGGAGGCCACAGCUGCUCCUGCAAGCCGGGAUACACGGGCAACGGGACCGUCUGCAAAGCAAUGUGUGACGGACUGUGCCAGAACGGAGGAUCCUGCGUUUCGCCUAACAACUGCGUUUGCCAGCAAGGAUUUACGGGGGAGAGGUGUGAAACAGACAUUGACGAGUGUGCCGACGGCUUUGUUGAGUGCGAUAGUAAAUCCACUUGUGUCAACUUGCCCGGCUGGUACCACUGCGAGUGCCGCGACGGCUACCAUGACAACGGCUUGUUUUCCGCCAACGGGGAAUCGUGCGUAGAUAUUAACGAAUGCAAGACGGGGAGGAACACCUGCGCCAACGACACAGUGUGCUUCAACCUGGAGGGAGGCUACGACUGCCGGUGCCCCCACGGGCAUAACUGCACCGGCGACUGUAUCCAUGACAACAAGGUCAAGCACAGCGGGCAGAUAUGGGUGCUGGACAGCGACAGGUGCUCGGUGUGCUCCUGCCAGGCCGGCCAAGUGAUGUGCCGGCGAAUGGUGUGCGACUGCGACAACCCCAACGCCGACCUGUUCUGCUGCCCCGAGUGCGACYCCCGCCUGAGCAGCCAGUGCCUGCACCAGAACGGCCUGCUCACCUACGGCAGCGGCGACACCUGGGUGGAAAACUGCCAGCAGUGCCAGUGCCUGCAGGGGCAGGUGGACUGCUGGCCUCUGCCGUGCCCGCCCGUGGACUGCGAGUUCACCAUGGUGCCGGAGGGCGAGUGCUGCCCCCGCUGUGUCACUGACCCCUGCCAGGCCGACACCAUCCGCAACGACAUCACCAAGACGUGCACGGACGAGUACAGCAUCUCACGCUUCAGCGGCUCCUCCUGGAUCAAACACGGCACGGAGUGCACCCUGUGCCAGUGCAAGGUGAGGCGCCCGGAGUCGAGGCCGCGAGCUGCAGCGAGUCGCUUACUUCUGAGCGUUUCUAUGGCCUCACUGCAGCAUUUCAUAGACCAACACUUACAGUUGGGGUGUAUUUUGGAUACUUUCCAAAGGUUUUUCCAUCUUAACUAAUUUUAUUAUUGAUUUCCAAGGAGUCAGAGCCUUCUGUGUUGGAUAAAGCCUUGCUAGCUUUUUAGCUUAGCAUAAAGCUGUUGCAGGAUUAGGUAACACUUAAGUUGAAGGAGUGUGCAUAAGACUGACAUGACACCUAAAUAUGACAUCGCAUCUUUAAAACACCAAUAGUGUAGCCUAUGUGCCCUUGAAUAUGGUUGUCUAAAUAAUUGGCAUUUUGUUAUAAUCUAUAAAAUAAAAGGAUGCACUCCUUAAAUGUACUAAUUUAGAUCAAUUUUAAUACAUUGUAGCGCCUGGUUCACAUGACAAGAGUUUAAAAUUGUCACGUUUUUGGGUUUUAUUCCGAUUUUUCACAUGAGAGCUAUCGCUAAAACCUCUAGAGGCCAAACGUGAGUUCAGAGUAAACAAACAUAGCCGACUUGGAAGAAGUAAUGGCGAUAGUUUGUGAACAACAUUUAAAGUGAAACUCACCCCCAAAAUCAACUUCUUUUUUUUUUGUUAAACUCUCUACAUGGGUUUUGUAGGUUUCUGUCUUUAUGUUUCUGCAUGACUUUUUGUGCAGUUCUUUUAGCUCUGCAUUAUUUUGCCUAAAACCGUCUCGCCGCCAGGCUUUUGGUGACACGGUGAACACGUCCACUGAAAAGUUGUUGCAACUCUGUCCACCCAGGAUGGCGCCGUUGGCAGGUAUUUGAAUCGGUUCAAAGUCUGCACUUAAAACAUGUCAUUCUGCUGUGGAUACAAGACGACAGAAACGCUCACAAGCAGACGGCUCCAUCUUAUGUUAAAUGGAAAUGACGAGCGCACUCCUCUGGUCAGUAGUAACAGAAUUAUCGGCUGAUGUGACUAAUAAGAAAAUGAGUAAACAUGGCAAUCGGUGAGCUCAAGCUGCCAGGUAGAGUGGAAACUAGUCAGAACCUUCAGCGAUCCAGCCUGCUGUCUUUACUUAAUCAUCAAAGAAAAUAUGGUGCAAAAUAACCAGAAACGGAGGACCUGAACAGGGUGAGUUGCGCAGCUAAGUCCAAGUGACAUAUUUUCAUAAAGAACAUUAACAUUUCUGCUGAGUGCUGUCCUAUUCACUCCUUUGCUAUUUUUCAGCAUUAUUUCUGAAUUGCCUGUUGCCCUAAUUAAAGACGGUCAACAUAUCGUCAUGCUGCCACCGUUUAUAUCGGUCUGCUCUUUAUUAGAAACCACCCUGUGCCUUACACUGCCAAGGUAUCGACACCCAAAUCUAAUAUCCAAUUUUUUUUCUUGGCGUCGGUGUCGAUCUUAACGUGAUCAUGAUCGUGUUCUUUCAGUCAGGACUCCUGACCCCUCAAUGAGCCCUUUUCUAAAAUACUAAAAGGAACCUUUACCUGAAAAAGAGGCAUUCAAUUUGAAUUUUUUUUUUUGUAAAAACAGAAACCAAAAAGAACGGCUGUUGACCUCUCACCUAUAGCCUCAUGCUUAGSCGCGGCGUCGAUCCUCUUCUGCGCUGCGGUGAAUGAGCAGACGUCUUUACACAAUUCAGUACUCCGAGUGGUAGUUGUAGCAUCUUAUGAGAAACUGCGGCAAAUAACAUUAGGACGGUAAAUCAAGCUGCUCUCUGUGUUGUUGGACUGAACAGGUGAUGUUGUAACGUGGACAUAAAUUGUUUGCCGUAGCUUUAAAGCUAAUCCACUCAUUCCUCCUACUUAGCCGACAGUGAGCCUCUUAUCGGAAACAAAAGGAAUGUGGCAGUAUUUCACAGGAAGAGCUUUACACCCGACUGACAGUCUCCUUUUUUUUUUUUUGGACACGUAGCUUUGAACUGACGUGCAGUUUUGUUUCGGUCAUGAUGAUGGCGAUCCGUGACCCGGUGGGCUUUCACAUUUAAAUCCCGGCUAUAAAAUUCCCUCGGAUCGGCCGGUGGUAAAAAAAAAAAAA